AUACUAGUAUCAACUGUUCUGUCUGUUAUUUACGUAACGUUCUGUAGGUAUAAAAAUAAAUUAAAAAAUAUUUCCAAUAUAAGUAAGCCAAGUCUGAUAUGUCAGUGACAUUCAGAUGUUUCUGAUUAUCUGACAGUUCUUUUCAUUGUUGAAGUUAAAACCAUCAUUUAUAAUAAUAGUUAUAAUUUAGUUAUUCUAAAACAUUUUUAUUCGAUUUAAUAAUAAUUGAUCUCGCACACUGUAUUUCCAAGAUAUUCGUUAAGUCUAAAAUAUACUGGAAUUUCAACAUAGAGUAAGAAAUAUGUUUAAUAAAUCAAAAAUUAACGUUAUACACCACAUGGUAUUAAACAAUGGGACAGGACUUAAUCCUGUUGAAUCUUCAACAGCUCAAAACGGUGCCAGUGGUAGUCAUAGUAUUAGAAGUACACCGAAUGCCAAUGAAAUACCUCAAAAUAUUCAAAAUGUGGACAAGCCUUCGACUUCGAAAACCGACACUAACAAUAGAGAUUUUAUGCCAUUUGGGUCUCGUCCCGGUGAGAAACUCUUCAUACUUACAGGGACAGUCGAAAGAGUCAUACACUGGAACAAACUUUUAUCCAAGCAAUUCUGCUAUUUUGAAGUUAUCGCUGCAGUUGUUUCUAUCCAGGAAGGUAAUGUACGCACCCAAAAAAUCAUGCUGUUACGCGACAGAACUGGACCUAUACUGCAAGUUAUUUAUUACAUGCUUACACAUCUCGCUAUUGAAGAUUUUCAUUUAGGAAAAAUGAUUAGAUGUGUAGGAAAAAUGAUUGGUCCUAAUAUUUUAAAUGCUGUUAGUAUUAGGGAUGCAUCAAAUGAUGAAGUUGAAAGUUUGCAUAGAUUAACACUUAUAUCUGAACAAGCUGUAAGUACGCAUUUGAAAAAUUAA